AGCUUCUCUACCCAAAAUCCAGUCCAGUCCAGUCCAAACCUUAAAACUUGGCUCUUGCUGCAAUGUCAAACGGUGGCCAUGUGUAUGUUUAGUUGCAGCAAUGGCAAUCAAACUGUUCGAUGCGCACUGUCAUCUUCAAGACCCAAGAAUUUUGAACAAAACCCCACAACUCAUCUCAGCUUGUCUUAACACCGGCAUCCUUCAUUUUGCAGUUAAUGGAGUCUCCGAGGGUGAUUGGAAUUUAGUUAAAGAAAUGGGUGAACAGUAUCCUUCUGUCAUUCCAUGCUUUGGUCUGCAUCCUUGGUUUAUUGCUGAUAGAACACCUAACUGGUUUAAUACACUUCAAGAAUUAUUCCAAUCCACUCCCACUGCUGCUGUUGGAGAGAUUGGAUUGGACAAAGGUUCUCAUGGGAAGAAGAUUGAUUUCUUAGAUCAGGUUGAAGUGUUUCGGCAACAGCUUGAACUUGCAAAACAGUUGAACAAACCGGCCUCUGUUCAUUGUGUUCGUGCAUUUGGUGAUCUCCUUGAGAUCAUGAAAAGCACGGGUCCUUUCCCUGCUGGCGUUAUUCUUCAUUCUUACCUAGGUUCUGCUGAGAUGGUUCCGGAAUUUUCCAAGCUUGGUGCCUACUUCUCUUUCUCAGGCUUCCUCAUGUCCAUGAAAGUCUCGAAAGCUAAACGCAUGCUGAAAGCGGUAUCUUCUGACAGGAUUUUGUUGGAGACAGAUGCCCCUGAUGCCCUGCCAAACUCAGAUAUUGACUCCCUAUUUUCUGUGGAAGGAGAUAAAAUGGAAAAUUCUGCCUCAAAAACUGAUAGUCCUUCUAAAGAUCAAUCCCACGAUUCCGAAGAGGCAUCGUCAGUACGGCCAAGAGAAACACUCAAUCAUCCAGCAAAUAUCCAUCACGUACUUACUUAUGUUGCGUCUUUGUUAGACACGACAAAGGAAGAACUUGCAGAAUUGAGUUACAGAAAUGCGGUUCGUAUAUUUUCUUACGAAGGUUCAAAGGCGUUAGAAGGAUAAUUUUAGGGAACAGAAGUGCUGUACCUGUUUAUUAUUAGUUACCAAAUGUCACAAUUCCACAAGAAGCAAUUUUAUAGAAAUAAAGUCAUACUCAUAUAUACAUAUUUCAGCUUUA